AGAUGUCGUUGCAUUAAGCAUCAAACGAUGCAUUAAAAUAAUUUCCUUCUUUUUUUUUUAAACAGAGAGCUAUUAAGAAUAAAUUUAAUUAUUUAAGGAGUAUAAUUUAUAAUAUAGUUCUAAAUAGGUGAAGCAUUUGGUGUCAAGUAAUAUUUUUUCCACAUUUUUCUUAAGUUUAAAGUGUAUAAUAUACGUCUAUAUGAAAUGAACACAAUAAUUUUAUCAUUACUUUUGAUAACUACUGUUUCUUUCAUUGUAGCUCUAUCAACAACUCAUGCUGGCGUUGGGGGACGAUUUGGAUCUAAUACAGCUCAAAAAACAUAUAUUCGAGAAUCUUCAAACUUUAGAAGUCCUUACGCACUUACAGGUUUAGGAAAUGAAUAUGAGCGUUUUAAUUCAGUUACAAAGUAUAAAGAAAAUUCUGUUAAAACAAAAUCUGCAAGAAACAUAUCAACGCUUCAAAUUAUAUUUGUAUUAACACUCAUAAUGAGCCUUGGAUUUGCCGGAUACUACUUUAUUCAGUUUUACCCUUUCAUUUGCUCAAAAGAAUCGAAAUAUGAUGUUAUGAGUCGCUCGUCCGUUACGCCCACACAUUCCAGAGAAUUUGAAUAUGAAUCGGCUUCUUCAGUAACCAAAUCUACCAAUGCGUCUUAUAGUAAUGAGCAUGAUGUAUGA